ACAGUAGUAAAGUUUCCGGUUGAAGAAGAAGUUGUCCUCCCGAUUACUGGAAUCUGACUAGGCCGGAGAAUAGAACGUUCCCGUCGGUGAAAUCAACUGCCACAGAAGUGCAACGUUCUCAACAAGUGGGUCCAUAGAGUGAGGGAGCAACAUCUUUUAACCGAGAAAGCUGCCCUCAACGGUUAUUAAGUCGAAGUGUGUAGUGCUUGUGUGUCUAUCUUCGUAGAACUUCAUAGUGAAUCGCCCGAUUGGCCAUACCGCUCCCACAGAAACAGAUAAGAUUUCAACCGGAAAUAGUCUCACGGGCCAAGUGCAGCUUUCAUAAUUCAAUAUCCUCCAUCUAGUGAUAUCGUUUUCCACUUCCAUUGAAAGGAUUUCGUUCUCAGCUAUGAAUCAGCGCCAAUGGACGAGCCUUGUAAAAGUCUGCCUGUCGCUGAUGAUAAUUUGCUUCGCCACUGGCCAAUGUGACGCCGCUGAUGACACUUCUUCGAUGGAGCACAUGGAUGAUUCAUCCCAGCACAACGCACAGAAGAGAACGUGGACAAAUCUCCAGGGAGCUUGGGGCAAACGGUCGUCUGGAGGUGAAACAAACAAUGAUCCCGCGGAUUCUGACCAGGACUAUAACGGUGUAAACGAUCUAGAAAAACUGAGCAGAUAUCUCAUACAAGGUAUGAUGAACCAGCAACAUCAGAUGGACACGACCCAGUACGAUGGAUCGGAAGAUGAGUAUCCGCAUGAGAAGCGAUCAUGGAAUAAGAUGAAUGCUGGCUGGGGCAAACGUGUGAAUACGGCUCCAGCCCAGUGGAAUAAAUUUCGAGGAGCUUGGGGUAAACGGGAACCCGGAUGGAACAACUUGAAAGGCCUGUGGGGAAAGCGAUCGGAAAAAUGGAAUAAACUGUCUUCGUCCUGGGGCAAACGUGACAGUGGAAAUAGCAAUAGUUACUAAAUGUUUACAUUGAUAUAAUAGUUACACCACAGGCAGUCAGUUGUAUAUAAUCCCUUAUCAGAAAUAACUAUAGUUAAAGGUUAUCCUUUGUUAAACAUUGUUAAUAAUUUUAAAUUUCGGAUUUUCUAUUCUUAAAACGAAAUACCAAGGCAAAAAUUUAGAUGCAAUAAUAAGUGUAAAAAGUGGAAAUGCGUGAAGAGCUACUCAUCCAAUAUAAACAUGGUUUUGCUUUCAGUUUUCAAAAACACCUCUACUGUUUACAAAAAAAAAGUCAGAUAACUAAACUUAGACUUACAUCUCAACGGAUGCAUAAUUAACCUUACACCAUGGCGUCAAGCAGUGUGCAGUAUAUGGAUGUAUGUUUUAUGUACGAUUAUUCUAGUAUAUUGAAGAUAUAUCUAUAACGUUGGUCAACUGACGUUAAAAAAAUAUAAUAAAUAAACGGUUUACAUUCA